CAACAUAACCGCACGAAACCGCCGUGUUUUUCACGUGUGUUGCAUGAACGCAAGGGCGGCUAGAAUUUGGGACAAGGCGAUACAUUUUGCUGUGUCUUCAUGUUUUCUCGAAAAGUUGUGGUAUCUUUCUCGAAAUCAACAAGGCUAUUCCGGCGUACUUUUCUGCCGGAAUGUCUGGCACGAAAACACAGUACGAAGGAAGCGCUCAAACAACUUCUUCAGCGAGCUGUCAUCCGGGAAGUGCAUCCACCUGAAAUUGACAAGGUCGUCGAGCUGUUGGCCACGAAGCAGUGCAUCUAUUGCGGUUUCGACCCCACAGCUGACUCUCUUCAUGUCGGCAACCUCUUGGCCAUCGUGCUGAUGCUUCACAUGCAGAGAAUGGGACAUGAUGUCAUUGCUGUGAUUGGCGACUGCACGGCUCAAGUUGGAGAUCCCAGUGGUCGCCUCACAGAGCGCGACAAAAUGGCUGGAGAUGUCAUCGAGAAAAAUGUUGCCGGCCUUCAUUACAACCUGGAGACAGUCUUUGCAAACCACGCGGCUCACUUCUGGAAGCCAACCAAACCUAACAAGACCCUGAGCCCCCUGAGGAUAGUCCGGAACUCGGAGUGGUACCUCGGCCACGAUGUCAUAGGCUUCCUCGGUACUGUCGGCCGGAACUUCAGGCUGGGGAAAAUGAUGUCACGAACGAGUGUACAGCAGCGGCUCAACUCUAGUGAGGGCAUCAGCUUGGCUGAAUUCUCCUACCAGGUCUUCCAGGCGUACGACUGGCUGCACCUCUACGACAACUACAAGUGCCGCUUCCAGAUAGGAGGUGGCGACCAGCUAGGCAACAUUGAUUCAGGCCAUGACCUUAUAAGAAAAACAAGGUCGGACGUGGGCUAUGGCCUCUUGGUUCCACUCAUAACAGCAGAGUCUGGCGAUAAGUAUGGAAAGUCGUCUGGCAACGCCGUUUGGCUGGACCCAAGCAAGACGUCGCCAUAUGAGUUCUACCAGUUCUUCAUGCGCUUGACAGAUGCCGAGGCGGUGCAACUUCUAAAGCUAUUUGUCUUUGCUGAUCUGCAUGAGCUGGAUGCCCUCAUCGAAGUGCAGAUGAGAGCUCCCGAGAAGCGAGUGGCUCAGAAACGGCUUGCUGAAGAUCUCACACUCCUUGUUCACGGGGAGAAAGGGUUGGAGCUGGCGAAACGAGCCAGCGCGGUGCUUUUUGGCGGAGCAGCUGCGACUGAGGCGCUGCAACAUCUCAAGGAGGAGGAGCUGCACCUGAUUUUCGGCGACGCUGCUUUCGCGACGCUUGCGUCGGAGGCGGGGACGACCAUACUGGACAUGGCUAUGAAGGCUCGCCUCUUCCCAACCAUGAAUGAUGCUGUCCGCAUCAUCACAGCCGGUGGGCUGUACAUCAACCAGUGUCGUGUAAGCACACCUAGUCAUGUGAUCGUUCCCGGUGUCCACGUUCUUCCCAGCAACUACACGCUAGCAAGAGUUGGCAAGAAAAACUACUACCUCAUCAAAUGGCUCGUUUGACAAAAGAAGCAGCCAUUGUGAGCGACCUGAAAUGGGACUUUGCUUCCAACCACCGCCUGUCGACUACACGGCAAGUGGCGAGGCUCGAGUGACAUCGAGAUGCUCAGCUUCGUUGGGACCUUUGGAAGGAAAAGAAUGAGCAGGCCUGGGAUAGUGGUGCCCCUGUGUGUCAAACGCUAAUUUUGCAAAAAUGAGCUGGACAGUCACGCUGCACUGUUUUCUGCUUUAAAGAAGUAAGCGUCACGAAAAAAACCCGUAACGAUUGGGGGUACAAAGCUUCCUUCUAUUUCGAAAUGGAGAAAGUGGGAAAACA